AGUCAGCCCCUCCCCAGCCUGUGGCAGCCGCCCCAGGCAAAGGAAGAAUAACUCUGGAAACGGUGUUAUCAGCAUCCUCCACGGACUUCCUCACCUCCUCUCCAGCCUCGUUAGCCCCAAGCUCCUUAGCAUCCUCAAACAGAAACCUCGAAGGCUGGGAUGGGGUCAGCGCCCUGAAGCCAGCCCCCUCUCUUUUGCCAAGACCUGCCUCUGUGCAGCCCUGAGAGGGCAGCCGAAGGCUGCAGCUGGAGUCCUGAGCCCGAGAUGGAGCCCUGGCUGGGGUCUGAGGCUGCCGCCCUCUGCCCAGGCUGGCCGGCCCUCUUGCUGUGGGUCUCAGCCCUGAGCUGUUCUGUCUCCUCGCCGGCUUCUCCCUCUCCUUCUCUGGUGCCCCGAGUCAGAACCAGCUACAAUUUUGGAAGGACUUUCCUCGGUCUUGAUAAAUGCAAUGCCUGCAUCGGGACAUCUAUUUGCAAGAAGUUCUUUAAAGAAGAAAUAAGGUUUGACAACUGGCUGGCCUCCCACCUCGGACUGCCUUCCGACUACUUGCCUUCUUACUCUGCAAAUUACACGGAUGAUUCCAAAACCUGGCGCCCUGUGGAGAUCUCAAGGCUGGUCAGCAAACAGCAAAACGAGAUCUCGGACAGGACAAUCUGUGCCUCUGCAGCAGCCCCAAAGACCUGCAGCAUCGAGCGUGUCCUGCGGAAAACAAGGAGAUUUCAGAAAUGGCUGCAGGCCAAGCGCCUCACGCCGGACCUGGUGCAGGGCCUGCCCAGCCCCCUCCUGCGCUGUCCGUCGCAGCGACUCCUGGACCGCGUGGUCCGGCGCUACGCUGAGGUGGCCGAUGCCGGCAGCAUCUUCAUGGACCACUUCACGGACCGCGACAAGUUGCGUCUGCUCUACACGCUGGCUGUUAACGCCCAUCCCAUCCUCCUACAGAUCUUCCCUGGCGCCGAGGGAUGGCCGCUGCCCAAGUACCUGGGCUCCUGCGGCAGAUUCCUCGUCAGCACCAGCACCAGCCCGCUGCAGGAAUUCUAUGGCGCACCCCCAGACCAGGCGGCCGACCUGGCCUACCAGCUCCUUGGUGUCCUGGAGUCUCUGAGGAGCAACGAUUUGAACUACUUCUUCUACUUCACCCACGUUGAUGCGGGCAUGUUUGGCAUCUUUAACAACGGGCAUCUGUUCAUCCGGGAUGCCAGCACACUGGGCGUCAUCGACAAGCAGGAAGGCAACCAAGCAGCCACCAGGGCAGGAGAGAACAAAGACAUCUUUAGCUGCCUGGUUUCUGACUGCCAGGGCGCGUUGCCUUCCUGUGACACCGUCCCUGAGAGGCAGAGCCUGGUGCUGGUGUGUGGGCAGGUGCUGCCUCGACUUCUCCAGGGGAAGUUCCCCUCCCCGGUGCAGGAGGAGAUAGACGCUGCCCUUGCUUGGUGUGGGGACGACACCCGCCCAGACGCCGAGGUCCUUGGGGCCGCCAGCCGGCUGAAGGACAUCUUGAGGCCCCUGAGAACCUGUGACCCCAGAUUUGCCUACCGUUACCCAGACUGCAAGUAUAAUGAUAAGUUCUGAGGGGCUGAA